AUGGAUGAAAUUGUCGAAGCCAACAAGCUUACCAAGGAAGAAGCAAUACUCACAACUGCACCCGACGUCCCACCACUAAUAAAGAGAGACUACCCGGUUCUACUUCAAGUGAAUCUAGUCGCAUCCACAAAGAUGGAAAAAUUGACUAGCCAAUACAAGUACGAAAAAUGGAACUUCAACGGCUCAGUUCCUGGACCAUUUAUUCGCGCCAGAGUGGGAGAUGUCGUGGAGCUAUCACUGACAAACCGCGACGAGUCCGGCAACCCCCAUAAUAUUGACUGCCAUGCCUUCGUCGGCCCCGGAGGAGGAGCUGCGUUGACUACAGCCGAAGAAGGGCAGACAAAGACUGGGAGGUUCCGAUUACAAUUUCCCGGACUCUACAUAUAUCACUGCGCCGCGGCUCCCGUGCCUGUACACAUUGCCAACGGGAUGUACGGUCUUAUGUACGUGCAACCAACCGAAGGCGACCUUCCCCCGGUGGACCACGAGUACUACGUGAUUCAAAGCGAAUUCUACCACGAGCCACCAGAAGUAGAGGAAAACGGAAGACCCUCAUCCCAGGUGGAAUUCUCGUACCCGAAUGCGCUCCGCGAAGAGCCAAGUGUGGUUGUCUUCAAUGGACAUGAGAGUGCAUUGACGACGGAGAAGCCGCUGAAGGCUGGGGUUGGAGAAUCUGUUCGCAUCUUUUUCGGCAAUGCUGGACCUAAUUUGACAAGCUCUUUCCAUGUUAUUGGGAGUACAUUUAAGACGGUGUAUCGGGAUAGUGAUGUGCUAAGCCCGCCGGGUCAAUUUGUGCAGACUGUUGGUGUCCCACCGGGGGACACUACUAUUGUCGAUAUGGAAAUGUUUGUCCCGGGAACAUAUACACUCGUUGACCAUGCAAUAUUUCGUCUGGAAAAGGGUGCUGUUGGGUACUUGAACGUUUCAGGGGCCCCGCGGCCGGACAUUUAUGAGGGUACUGAACCACCAGCCCCUUGUGUUGGCUGCAAACUGCACCCCUAA